UUCAUCUGAGGCUGAGCUUCAUUUCCGCUUCUUUAAACACGAGGGCGGUACCUCAGACAAAAGGAAAAACAGAGGUCUCUUUAGAGAGAGAGAGUGGGACUGAGAGAGAAAGAGAGUUGAACACCAGAGUAGAAAAACAGAGAGACCCAUUUCCUACGAAGCCUCAAAGGUACGAUCUUAGUCAUCAAACAUUUCUACGCAUUCACUAAAGACUCGGUUUCUGUGUUCAGUUUUUUUUGGAGGAUAGAUUUAGUCUUGUAUCUCCAUUUUGAAGAGAAAAGACUGGAUCGUAUCACAUUAAGAGAUGGCAGAUGCUGAGGAUAUUCAGCCUCUUGUUUGCGACAAUGGAACCGGAAUGGUCAAGGCUGGAUUUGCUGGAGAUGAUGCUCCAAGAGCUGUCUUUCCCAGCAUAGUGGGGCGCCCUCGUCACACUGGUGUGAUGGUUGGCAUGGGACAAAAGGAUGCUUAUGUUGGUGAUGAGGCUCAAUCCAAGAGAGGUAUUUUGACACUGAAGUACCCAAUUGAGCAUGGAAUUGUCAGCAAUUGGGAUGAUAUGGAGAAAAUAUGGCAUCACACAUUCUACAAUGAACUUCGUGUGGCUCCAGAAGAGCACCCAAUUCUGUUGACAGAAGCUCCUCUCAACCCCAAGGCUAACCGUGAAAAAAUGACUCAAAUCAUGUUUGAGACAUUUAACGCCCCUGCCAUGUAUGUUGCAAUUCAGGCUGUUCUCUCACUUUACGCCAGUGGUCGUACAACCGGUAUUGUUCUUGACUCUGGGGAUGGUGUCAGCCACACAGUUCCCAUCUACGAAGGUUAUGCACUCCCCCACGCUAUCCUUCGUCUCGACCUGGCUGGGCGUGAUCUCACUGACCACCUCAUGAAGAUAUUGACUGAGCGAGGCUACUCAUUCACUACAACUGCUGAGCGGGAAAUUGUGAGGGACAUAAAGGAGAAGCUGUCUUACAUUGCUCUUGAUUAUGAGCAAGAGCUGGAAACUGCAAAAACCAGCUCUGCAGUGGAGAAGAACUAUGAACUGCCCGACGGACAGGUGAUCACUAUUGGCGCUGAAAGAUUCCGCUGUCCUGAGGUUCUCUUCCAGCCAUCAAUGAUCGGGAUGGAAGCUGCUGGAAUUCAUGAAACCACCUAUAAUUCUAUCAUGAAGUGUGAUGUCGAUAUCAGGAAGGAUCUUUACGGCAAUAUUGUUCUCAGUGGUGGCUCAACCAUGUUCCCCGGUAUUGCUGACAGGAUGAGCAAGGAGAUCACAGCUCUGGCACCAAGCAGCAUGAAGAUUAAGGUGGUGGCUCCUCCCGAGAGGAAAUACAGUGUCUGGAUUGGAGGUUCCAUUUUGGCCUCUCUCAGCACAUUCCAGCAGAUGUGGAUAGCUAAGGCAGAGUACGAUGAAUCUGGGCCAUCGAUUGUUCACAGGAAAUGCUUCUAAGUCAAGACUUGCCUAAAAGGGUGAGUGAAGAGAUUUAUGCAGAUCAUAUGAUUGUGGAGGAUGCUGUUUCUCAUUUGCUUUUUUUUGGUACUUUCUUCUUUCUGCUCGUUGGGUCUUUCACUUUUAAAGAUUUGCGACAUUGGACAAGGAAACAGUAUUCAUUUUUCCCAUUUAUUUUAAUUUGUAGUAAGAGUUGUGUAUUUUACAUGGUGUUAUGAUUUGAGUUUUGAUGAAGGCUACUUGUGACUUGUAUGUUAGAAGUUCUAUAGCUUGUUUGAGUCCAUAAUUACAUAGAUUUAGUUAAUAA